CGAUCUACCCACCUUGUUACAAAGCACACGUAUCGGCGUAUUUGUAGUCGCAUCUCAUAUAGCCCCGCCACAUACGCAUUGAUUUCUUGCAUCAUCCUCUUAUCUCUGUAUACCCUGACGACGAUCACCAACAAAGAACAUACCUUCCCGCCGUUUUUCAUUGCCUCCAACCUCGUAUUUCACAUGACGCACCUGAUAGCACAUUGGCGCCAAUGGCUUCUCAUCGAACGCUACUGCAUCGUCUAUGGCACCACGCUGUACUGGACCGGCUGGCUACUGGGCGUCUUUGUAUUCAGCGAACGACUCAACUACGUUGAUCCAACAACACCCUUCUUUUGGGCCCUGUUACUUGAGCGACGUCAUGCAUGGGGCCUGCUACAGUGGGAAUUUACAAGCCAACUCGAAUCGUACAAGACCGAAAUCAUCGUGUAUCGGAUAUGGACGUUGCUGGGUGCCGGUAGCGCUUGGGGACUGGUCUAUAUUGCCAUGGCCAAUAUGGAUGGUUACCCAUUGCAUUAUCUGCUGCGUCCUUACAGUGUUGCCAAGUUGCUGCUGGUCAGCUCCGUGGCCGGCCUCGUCAUGAUUUGUCAUUGGAGCUUUUGGACAUUUCAGUAUCGCGGUGUGCUCUGGAAGCGCGAGUUGCGUGAAGGCAUCGCGGUCUGGUGUAGUGAAGGCGUCACUCGUGCUGGUCAUGUUGAAUGAAAAAGUUAAAAGUCCUGAGCGACCCGUGUAUCCAUCGACAUAGCGAACGGAAUUUAGCAAGAGAAGAACCGCCAUCCAUCCAUCCAUAAACUCAUCCCAUUUAUCCGACCUACCC